AUGUCUAAAGGACCACUCUCCCCACUGGUAACAAACACCAACCCAGAGUUAAAGUCUACGGGCAUGCACGAUGAAGGCCUAUCAUCCUUGCAUGAUUUAGACGGGUGGACUGUGGACCUAAGGUCGAUUAUAGAUACAUCCGGGGGAAGAAGAUCUGAAGGUCUAGAAGGCCUUGCAACGCCUAUAUCGUCUGGCAAAGCAGAGUCCUUUACAGACAACGGCACAGAGCCCAACUCCCCCACAACACCUGAGAUUCAAUCACACCAUCCUUCAGCCUACAGGCCACCAAGGGAUACAUGUACAUGCGUCCAGGCCCAAGCAACAAACAUAGCGGUACUUCACAAGCUGGCAAACCGCGAUAUUUCCGAUCGAUUUGACUUAGCUAUGAAAUCAGUGACGUCGACAUUAGACACCUGUGAGCGUUUCAUUGCCUGCGGCACAUGUGACAAAUCAUUUCCCCUGAUCUUACUCACUUUCUCGGCGAUAGAGCUUAUCUUCAAGCUGUUCGAGUUACUCGCAAUAAACAAUAGUAGCAUGCUGCCUCCUGGAGAGUCUCACAUCCUUGCAUGCUGUCUCGGCGAUUACAAAGUUAGCAAGGAAGAGGGAAAGGCAAUCCAGAAUGUCCUCCUUAAAAUGAUUCUUUCAAAGGGCAAACAAACACUAGAUGCACUGCACAACCUCGUUAAUGACUCCUCAGAGCCCAGUGAGCCCAAUCAUGCAAGUUUUGUGCAACGUGAUGGUUCAAAGCUGGAGAUACCUGAUACGAUAACCCGGAAUACCCAGCGAAAAUUGUCUAUCGUGGACCAGGAUUAUAUGAACCAAUGUAUCAAACGCAAAAAGGAAGAGGUAGAAGCUCUUAUGAUUACCGUGGCUGUAUGA